AUGAAUUGCAAUCAUACAGAAUUAGAAAUCAACACGUCAAACUGCACGAAUACAGACGCAUACGCUUACGGAAUUUCAAUCGACAUUGGAUGGUUUAACGAAUGGAUUGUCUGGGAAGGCGGAAUUGCUUUCAACACUGUCUACUGGUUACUCAUCUUACUCAUUUCUUUCAUCAUUCUUUAUCUUCUCCGCUGGAAACUCAAUUGCCGGCUUCUCACCGAACGAUUAGACGGACUUGAAGAUCCCCCACCACCUGUGAAACGAGCCAGCCAUUGGGUACAUUUGCUGAAUUUCUCCAUCGAUGAAGAAGCAAUCGGCAAAGAUGGAUCCACUUUUCUCUGGUUUCAAUAUCGACUAAUUCAAAUCGAAUUCCUUAGAAUGGCUCUUGGUAUCGUUUUGAUUAUCAUGCAUUUCCAUAGCGACCAAUUAGGUGAAUGGCCUAACAAAACUCUGCGUUCUACGGGUCUUUACAAUAGUGGCGUUAAUGGGACUCACGGUGUUAUCUGCAGUGCAAUUCUAACAGUGUUGGCUUGGCUGAUGAAGAAGCACGGACAACAUCGUUGUAUCCGCUCAUUGGCCAGUCACGAUGUCAAUAGCAAUUCGAGCAUUUGUAAUCGCAAAUGGCUUAUGAUUACUGGACUUCCACUUACCACCACUGUCGAUUCGCUAUUGGAAUACUUGAUGUGCACGUUUGAAAGCAGUUUUAGCGUCAAAGGAAUUCACAGGGAACAGAUUGUGAUGGCCCACGGUCUGAGUAAAUUGCUGCCUGUGGUCGAUCGCCUGGAUUUGAUUAGAAACGUUAAAUUGCAGAUAAACGGAAAGGCAAACAAAGGAAAGAUUAUUCAACGAAGAUUUUGGGAUUUUAAAUCUUACUUUAAAAAAAUUGAUGCCCUUUCUUAUUACAACAAGAUGGAAGAAAUGCUCACGAUAGAAAAGGACAAAAUAAUCAACACAUUGGAAUUUACUGGAACAGUUUUCAUACGUUUCGACAGCCCAUCUGAAGCAAAAGCAGUUAAAAUCGCCAUCAGACGAUACCAAUCCAAUUUGUUUUGGAAGAGGGAACAGCUGAUGAACAAUCAAUUACAGCCAUCUCGAUGGACAGUUCGAUAUGCUCCGCCCGGCUCAGAUCUCAGUUGGAUCCAUAUGAAAAAACCACGACCCAUUUGGAAGACAAUGGCAGUAUGGCUCAGACUGGCUGUCAGUUAUUCAAUUUACGUAUUCGUGAUGGCCGCACCUGCGUCCAUAGUCCGUUGGCUCCACCUGGAAGGCCACGGCCUGGAUCACGGUUCAGUUUUUUGGAAGCGAUUCGUUUUACCUACGAUGGUCUCAUUUUUUACCACUACAUUGACUAACUGGGUUACGCAACAAGAUCAACACAGACGUCAUUUAACUGUUACUAAAGCAAGUCUGGCCAGUUUUCGAUCCAUCUGCUUUUUGGAGAUCAUUCUCUACCUGGUACGAAUGAUGGCCAGAAAACCCCUGCCUUUAUUACUGGCGGGCGACUUCAAUAGCGACGAUUUCCGGCUAGAAUGUCUCUUCUUCCCAGUGCAUGGUAGUUUCGUGGCUUGUUGCAUCAUCGUCAACACCAUCAGUGGAAUAUUACUGAAUCAUUUACGCUUCGAUUUCCUCUGGUCUUAUACAAAAAAAUGGUUUACAUUUCGAUCUGAAGAAGAAAAGAAUGUCUACAUUACCUCGUAUAGAGCCGAAUACAAUUUUGCAUCCAAUUACGCCGAACUAGUCAGCAAUUUCGCUCUGACGAGUAUUUUUAUCAUGAUAUUUCCAGUGAUCAGCCUAGUCUCGUGUGUCUUUUCGAUCCUGCGAUUCAUAAGCGACAGAGCAGCGCUAACCCAAAUUUAUCCCGUCAGUCAAAUCGGUCACAAUUUACAUCGGGAAUCGAUUAAUAUGGUGCUGAGAUUCGGAAUUGCUUCACCAUUGACCUUACUUAUCUAUCGAAGAAUUCAGCUCGGACCCAGUAGAAACCUACUUGAUCCUGGCAUCGUAGCUCCGUUGUGUUUAACGAUCCUCUAUUUAACGUAUUUGGUUUAUGCUCACUUUAAAUCGAGGGGUGCCCUGCCGAAAUGGUUCCGCCGUUUGUUGAGACUCCGGCCGAGAAAUGCACGUUCGAAUGAACAGGACGUGAUCGAUUCAAUGAGCAAUAUCCAGAACGAGUAUGAUCCAGUAGCUCAAAUUCGUGAAGACGCUCUGUGUAAAAUUCAAGUUUAG